UUUCCCAGGAAUCCUCAGAAUGUGAGGUUUCUCUCAAAGGCAUCUUGCAUCAGCCUGUGGAUGUAUGCCUACCACCAGGCUCCUUCACCAGCAAAGUGGAAAAAGAAGCGUUUCACAACAAAUUCUUCUUUCUGGGUUGGGGAAACGCAGUGGAUUAUAGCUCUGUUUUCUUCUUUCCAAAACUGUGCACCCCUGGAUGAAAGUCAAAUUCCAUAUUUCACCGGGUGAUCAGGAGGUGAAGGUGUCAAGCUACGGGAGCAGUAUGGAUUCUCUCUCAGAGGCCACUCCUGCACUUGGCUGAACAUUUGUCGGGAUAUCAGAUCCUCCAUCAAGGGAGAUCUACAAGUUGCCUGGGGUUCAAUGCUAUAGAAAGUUCCAAGGUUUGUGGCUUGAAUUGUUCUAAAGAAGCUGAAAUAAUUGAAGAGAAGUAGAGGCCGGCUGUUUUUGAGGAUCCUGCUCCACAGAGAAUGCUCUGCCCCUGUUGAUACUCCAGUUCCAACACCGUCUUCUGAGAUGAUCCUGACUCCCAGAAUGCUCUGGUGCUGUUCCCGCCUAUCUUGAGUUCUGCAAAAGCUCAGGUUAAUCCAGCUAUAUGCCGCUAUCCUCUGGGCAUGUCAGGAGGCCAGAUUCCAGAUGAGGACAUCACAGCUUCCAGUCAGUGGUCAGAGUCCACAGCUGCCAAAUAUGGAAGGCUGGACUCAGAAGAAGGAGAUGGAGCCUGGUGCCCUGAGAUUCCAGUGGAACCUGAUGACCUGAAGGAGUUCCUGCAGAUUGACUUGCACACCCUCCAUUUUAUCACUCUUGUGGGGACCCAGGGGCGCCAUGCAGGGGGUCACGGCAUCGAGUUUGCCCCCAUGUACAAGAUCAAUUACAGUCGGGAUGGCACUCGCUGGAUCUCUUGGCGGAACCGUCAUGGGAAACAGGUGCUGGAUGGAAAUAGUAACCCCUAUGACAUUUUCCUAAAGGACUUGGAGCCGCCCAUUGUGGCCAGAUUUGUCCGGUUCAUUCCAGUCACCGACCACUCCAUGAAUGUGUGCAUGAGGGUGGAGCUUUACGGCUGUGUCUGGCUAGAUGGCUUGGUGUCUUACAAUGCUCCAGCUGGGCAGCAGUUUGUACUCCCUGGAGGUUCCAUCAUUUAUCUGAAUGAUUCUGUCUAUGAUGGAGCUGUUGGAUACAGCAUGACAGAAGGGCUAGGCCAAUUGACUGAUGGUGUGUCUGGCCUGGACGAUUUCACCCAGACCCAUGAAUACCACGUGUGGCCCGGCUAUGACUAUGUGGGCUGGCGGAACGAGAGUGCCACCAAUGGCUACAUUGAGAUCAUGUUUGAAUUUGACCGCAUCAGGAAUUUCACUACCAUGAAGGUCCACUGCAACAACAUGUUUGCUAAAGGUGUGAAGAUCUUUAAGGAGGUACAGUGCUACUUCCGCUCUGAAGCCAGUGAGUGGGAACCUAAUGCCAUUUCCUUCCCCCUUGUCCUGGAUGACGUCAACCCCAGUGCUCGGUUUGUCACAGUGCCUCUUCACCACCGAAUGGCCAGUGCCAUCAAGUGUCAAUACCAUUUUGCUGAUACCUGGAUGAUGUUCAGUGAGAUCACCUUCCAAUCAGAUGCCGCAAUGUACAACAACUCUGGAGCCCUGCCCACUUCUCCUAUGACACCCACAACCUAUGAUCCAAUGCUUAAAAUUGAUGACAGCAACACUCGGAUCCUGAUUGGCUGCUUGGUGGCCAUCAUCUUUAUCCUCCUGGCCAUCAUUGUCAUCAUCCUCUGGAGGCAGUUCUGGCAGAAAAUGCUGGAGAAGGCUUCUCGGAGGAUGCUGGAUGAUGAAAUGACAGUCAGCCUUUCCCUGCCAAGUGAUUCUAGCAUGUUCAACAAUAACCGCUCCUCAUCACCUAGUGAACAAGAGUCCAACUCGACUUAUGAUCGCAUCUUUCCCCUUCGCCCUGACUACCAGGAGCCAUCCAGGCUGAUACGAAAACUCCCAGAAUUUGCUCCAGGGGAGGAGGAGUCAGGCUGCAGCGGUGUUGUGAAGCCAGUCCAGCCCAGUGGCCCUGAGGGGGUGCCCCACUAUGCAGAGGCUGACAUAGUGAACCUCCAGGGAGUGACAGGAGGCAACACAUACUCAGUGCCUGCCAUCACCAUGGACCUGCUCUCAGGAAAAGAUGUGGCUGUGGAGGAGUUCCCCAGGAAACUCUUAACUUUCAAAGAGAAGCUGGGAGAAGGACAGUUUGGGGAGGUUCAUCUCUGUGAAGUGGAGGGAAUGGAAAAAUUCAAAGACAAAGAUUUUGCCCUAGAUGUCAGUGCCAACCAGCCUGUCCUGGUGGCUGUGAAAAUGCUCCGAGCAGAUGCCAACAAGAAUGCCAGGAAUGAUUUUCUUAAGGAGAUAAAGAUCAUGUCUCGGCUCAAGGACCCAAACAUCAUCCAUCUAUUAGCUGUGUGUAUCACUGAUGACCCUCUCUGCAUGAUCACUGAAUACAUGGAGAAUGGAGAUCUCAAUCAGUUUCUUUCUCGCCAUGAGCCCCCUAAUUCUUCCUCCAGCAAUGUACCCACUGUCAGUUACACCAAUCUGAAGUUUAUGGCUACCCAAAUUGCCUCUGGCAUGAAGUACCUUUCCUCUCUUAAUUUCGUUCACCGAGAUCUGGCCACACGAAAUUGCUUAGUGGGUAAGAACUACACAAUCAAGAUAGCUGACUUUGGAAUGAGCAGGAACCUGUACAGUGGUGACUAUUACCGGAUCCAGGGCCGGGCAGUGCUCCCUAUCCGCUGGAUGUCUUGGGAAAGUAUCUUGCUGGGCAAGUUCACUACGGCAAGUGAUGUGUGGGCCUUUGGGGUUACUUUGUGGGAGACUUUCACCUUUUGCCAGGAACAGCCCUAUUCCCAGCUGUCAGAUGAACAGGUUAUUGAGAAUACUGGAGAGUUCUUCCGAGACCAAGGGAGGCAGACUUACCUCCCUCAACCAGCCAUUUGCCCUGACUCUGUGUAUAAGCUGAUGCUUAGCUGCUGGAGAAGAGAUACGAAGAACCGUCCCUCAUUCCAAGAAAUCCACCUUCUGCUCCUUCAACAAGGCGACGAGUGAUGCUGUCAGUGCCUGGCCACAUUCCUACGGCUCAGGUCCUCUCUACAAGACCUACCACUCACCCACGCCUAUGCCACUCCAGCUGGACAUUUAAUGAACCUGAGAGACAGAGGCUUGUUUGCUUUGCUGUCUGUUCCUGGUCACCCCCACUCCCUACUCCUGACUCAUAUAUACUUUUUUUCUUUUUUUUUUUUUUUUACAUUAAAGAACUUAAAAAAAAAAAGCCUAGGGCAGAUACAAUCUAGUAAAAGAAAAUCUUACUUGAUAUACCAAAAUGUUGGAUAACAAAGGCUAGAAAAUUCAGAUAAUUUAUAAAAGUUAACUAUGCUUGUGCUUAUAAAUGUGCAGAUUCUACAAUACUUUUCCAUGUCACUCUAAAAGAAUCUUCAGAAAGAAAAACUUGAAGAAUACUAAUGUCUUGGAAAACAUGAGAUUAAAUUUAGGGAAAACACUUGAUAGAUGUGGAGAAUCUGAGGACUCAGAAUUCAGCAACUAAUCACAGGUGGUUUUCUAAUUUGGCCUCUGGACAUGUCUCACUGUUUGUAUUUCUCUCUCCUGUCAAAGUGAAUGAUAUAUUCUUGAAACCCCCCAAUCUCUUGAAAUGGGUGUUCUGCUCAUUCAUAGACAGGGGUCAGGGUUGAAGUUCAUAUAUGAAACAACUGGGGAUAUAGAUAGGAAAGAAUGUUUGCUGCAAGAGUGUAUGAAGGGGGAUUGUCAUUUACAGAAAAAAAGUACCUCAUGGAUGGAAGGAUUCAUGAAUAGAUAAUGGACAUAGGAAAGGAGGUCAAUGGAGGACACAUAACAGACAUGGUAUCCACCAUUUAUUUGUGAUUUUGUAAGAGGGUUGUUUUCUUUGUCUUGUUCAGAUAUUUUCAUGUGUGUGUUUUAGUGAGAAUCUGAGUUUUUAAUCAGUAAAGGCUGAUGUUUUGAUAUCUUGAUGGUAGACUCUUGAGUUCAUCUUGUCCAAAUCUUCUAGCGUUUUCAAGGAUGAAGCCUCUGUAGGAUCUUUGGGCUUGGGGCUGAAUUUCUCAGGCAUAAAUACCUAAUGGCCUUGUCCAAGAGGGAAUAGGUCUGUUCUGAGUGUCCCCAAAAAAAGUUGUCCUAGGACUAAUGUGGAGAAGUUACAGGGAGACUGAUUUCCAUUCCUUAUUGGGGAAAACAAAGCACUCAGAACAUACAAGGAUAAAUGGGCUGCUACCAGAGGUGGGGAGUCUCUUGUCAAAGAAAAUGGAGGUUUUGAAACACAAAGUAGAUGAUGGUGUAAGACAAUGUUUAAUGUCUUUCUAACUCCGAGAGUCCUUGAUUCUAGAGAGGCACAGGAUGAGCAUCUAUUGCUACUGCUGAGUAUACAUGCUCUUGCCUCUGAGAUGGUGUGACCCGCAGAAAAGAAAUCUCAAAGCUGUGGCUUCAGAAUUCAUGGAAACAGAGCCACUGUCAAGAAGGAAUCUGCUCAGAGCAGAUUCUGAGCUUUCACACUCCACAGAUCUUCAGAGUUAGUGGGAAGCUAGAAAAAGGAACUCUUAAUUUCCAUUGAGGAGAAACAAGAAGACAUUACAAAUCAGCUUCCCAAGCUGAGAAGGAAUGGCCUUGACCCCUUGGGUCUGCCUCUGUUGCCCUCACCAGUUUACCUUCUACAUAAGUUUCUCAGGAACAUGUAUAUUUCCCCAUUCAGCCUUCAGCAUUGCUCCAGGCCACAGCAUAAGCAUAAAUCCCAAGUCCACAGGAUCCAUUUUUCAGGUCAUAUUCUGAUCCUAGCAAAUGUCCUUUCCCCGUAGUUGUCCUAUGCCUUUGGGCUUUAGUCUAUCCCAGGACUAACUUUGGAGAAAUCAUUGGUUUGAGAGUCAAGAGAACAUUGAUUUGGGAGCUUUAACCCUCUUUAUGCUUCACACUAAGUGCGUCAUCUUGGCUAAAUCACUUGGUCUUUCUGCAUUUUGUUUUCUUAUUUAUAGGAUGAGGAAAUUAGAUUAAAUAGUUUUGAGGUCCCUGCUGGUUCUGAUACAUCCAGUACUAACUGGAUAAUUGAAUCUAUAACUGAUGGAUUUAGUAAUCUGGUCAUUUCUUGCUCUGAAAAUUGUAACCAGCAAAAGAGAUCAUGGAAGAAAUCACUGUAAUGGUAGUAAUAGUAACACAUGCCAUUUGUAUUGUGCCUUAGGUUUACCAGGUGUUUCCAAAUACAUUAGCAUAUUUGAUAUGUGCAGGGCUAGAUACCUUGGGACCUGCCACACUCCGCUUUCAAAAUAAGUAUUCUAAGCUUCAUUAGAAUUAAAGGGACUUGAACUCAGGACCUGCAGCCUAUUCUUCUUUAUCCACAUGCCUCUGGUAGGGCUACAUCCAGACCAUGCCAUGACUUCUUAUGGAGCAAGAGAAAAUAAUAUUAUUUUAUCUUCCUUUGCCUAAAAUCUCUUCACUUAUUCUUUUUUAUGAUUCUGCCCCAGUUCACUGGGUUAUUCUAUGUUUCCAUAUUUUUUUAAAAUCAUAUUUAAAAUGAACUUACAGUGUCUGAGUUUUCCCAGCCUUGAGUCAUAGAAGUAAUCUGUUUCAGAUGGCUGCUCAAUAUAUAUUAUCAUGUAAUACUUAUCUGUAUCCUUUUCUGGGAUGAGGAAGGCUUCAACUUCUGGCACUGAGACCUUUGUAUUACAGACACAGGUUUAGUUUCUAGCUUAGUCAUGCCUUUAGAGUUUAGUAGCACAAAUCCAAGCAACCCAACAGACUACAUGGUGAGGGCCUAGUGUGUAGAAUUCAUACUAAGUAGUUUAUAUUUGAACUACAUAGUAAGUAGUUCAAAUUUGAAUUAGAGGAACAAAGCUAGGACUUAUUUGGAAAAGGAGAUCGAAAAAAAUGAUCAGAGACUGUGGGGCCUUAUUACGUUUGCAGUAAGUUAUCUUCUUCAUGAUAUAUGUGAAUUAUUUUGUGUGCAGAUUGUGUUUUGGGAUUGCCAGAUCUAAAUUUAUAUUCUUGCUGGCUAAUGUGCUGAUAGUUAGGUCUAUCUAAAACUUGAUGUGCUUUCCAGACACAUAUGUGACCAGACAAGAUCUAAAGUGCAAAGUGGUGCCUGAGGAGCAAAAUGUGAUUUUAAUGUUGUGGAAAGAUCACUUGCAAGUAUAUUAAGACUGUAUAAAGAAGAGGAUUGUAUGCAAGUGGGGUGAAAAAAAAGGAUACACGAAUGUGCAUAUGACUGAAUGGGGGGAAGGUCAGGGCUAGAAAGGAGGCUACAAAAAAGGGGCAACGGAGAGUGCACAGGAAAGACACAGGGAAAGAUCAAGUUGAGCAAGUAGAAACAGGAGUAGCUGGAGCCAUUGGGAAUCCAUUUUGAAACAAGAAGGAGUUUUGAAAGGGAAUAGGAAAGUAGGUAUCUUGAAGUAAAAGAUAAAUAUGAAUGGAGAAAGAAGAAAUUCUGGAUGAUAGAGAUGAUAAAAAUAUUUAUUAAGAAAUGAAGUCAGGUUCAAUGUAUGAAAUGGAAAGGAAUUUUUCAGAAUUUUAAGAAAGGGGAAGUUCCUUUUGGAAAAGAUAUAGCAAUCAUCAGGGAAUGACCUUUUCAUUUCAGAAGUGUGUGAGGAAGGUAGUUUGAGCAUCUGGUGUAUUCUGGACCAUUUCAAGUGCUGGUGAGAAGUAAUCAACUAUUUGCCUGAACUGGGCUUGGUUUCCCAAGUGCUGCUUUGGAAAUGAAGACCCAGAGAUGGGGAGCUUAUGGUAGUUCAUAAAUUUUCAUGUUCUAUUAUCUUUCCUCUGUCAAAAAAGUUCAUUUUCAAUAAUGCCCACCAUUGCUGUGCCCAGAAUAACCACAGGCAAACAUCAAAACAAUACGCAUAAGUUAGACAAGAUUGAAUCUUAUCUGACAUCUGCACAAACAGAUAUGCACCAUGUUGGAAACAUGUGUUUUUCUAGUCCCAUCCAGGCUUCCCACAACAAAGCCAUGAUGUGGGUCUAAACCAUAUGUUUUGAGUAAAGGAGAAUAGAAGAAAAGGAGUGUCUGCAAGACAGAAAGAGAUGAAGAUGUUCCAAGGAAGUAUACUAAAACAGAACAGUGAAUGUUUUGCCCAAA